AGAGUUCCCUACAGAGAGAGUCUGAAGCUCUGAGUCAGAACACCACCAGCAGGAACAUGUUCCCAGCAGCAGGCUCACACUCUCUCCCUCUGUGUGGACUUGUACUUCUCGCAGUUUUACUCCAGUCUGUGCUUUUUGCAGUCACAUAUGUUUACUUCACAAAUGAAAUCAAACAGCUGCAUGAAAACUACAUCAGAAACAAUAUUGCGUGUUUGGUGGAUGAAGAUCUUCGAGAUGUCUCUCAGACUGCAGAUAUUGGUGAUGUUGAUGAGAAGGAGGACCCUUGCUGGGCAGUAAAGACCCAUCUUCAAAUUUUAAUCAGAAAGAUUCUGAUGAGCAAUUAUGGACGUGAUAUAACAUCAGUUAUUAGAGAAAAAGUUGCACAACUCCCUCCACUGGCUGCUGCUGGGAAACAAGCAUAUUCCGGACAACUGAUUGCUGCACAUGUUACUGGAAGUAAUGGGAAAGCCAAAAGUUCCUUGCAAAGGCCUUUAAAUGCAAAAUACAAUGGACAUAAAAUAACUGAAUGGACUGAAAAUGCACCAUCAUUUUUUAGCAACAUCAGAAUACAUAGUGGAGAGAUGCUUAUCCAAAAGAGUGGACUUUAUUACAUCUAUGCCCAGACAUAUUUCCGUCACCAGGAUACAGAGGAAGCAAAAGUGAAACAGCUUGUCCAGUAUGUUUAUAAAGUAACCACAAGGUAUACAGAUCCAUUGGUACUGAUGAAAAAUGUGAAGACGACUUGUUGGUCACAAAGUGCAGAAUAUGGACUUCAUUCCAUUUACCAAGGUGGCGUUUUUCAACUAUAUGAAGAUGAUCGAAUAUUUGUGACAGUGAGUGAUAUAAGUAUAAUUGAUAUGGAUGAAAAAGCAACUUUUUGGGGUGCAUUCCUGGUAAAUUAAACAGUAGGAAAAUGGAAAUUUUAUGAACAGGAAAAAGGAAAAUGAAGUUUAAAGUGGAAAUCUGAUUAUGUGCUGUUAAAUAUUGAAAUGAGCUGGAGCAGAUGCUUAAACCACCCCCCACAUACAGGUGAAGUAGAGCGUAUUGCCAUGAAGAGUGCACCAUUGCGAAUAAUUAACUUCAAUAUCCUAAUUCUUUCACUGCUAAAUUAAUCAGAUUUUAAGAAGUUAGCAAUGAUCCUAAUCUUAAUCUUUAUUCACGUUACACUGUUCAGUGCAAUAACUCCAUCUGUACACCCCCCUCCCCUCUAUUUGCCCGUGUGUGCUCUAGUAAUGACAGGCGGCACUAUGUGCUGCAUUUCUCUAUUUGCCCGUGUGUGCUCUAGUAAUGACAGGCGGCACUAUGUGCUGCAUUUCUGCAUGUUCUUACUUUGCAGAAGACGUAAACACUGACACGUGGCAAGAAAUCAGCUCAAGGAUUUCCUGUACUAGUGCCAUGUGCAAACGCAUUCUCCCAUCACAUUAUAUAAUAAUGUAUAGUAUAUCCAUUUUCAUUUAAUGUGGUAUGUAAUGGUAUUCAGUAGAUGUCACAAAAUCUAUUGCACCCCCCAAUGACACUAGAAAUGUGUGUUUCAGAACCUCCUGCUCCUAUUGAGAUACAAUCCCCAUCGGUAUCUGCUGUCUGACCUUCAUAGGACUUUUGGCUGUACAAGGAACUGUUUCCCGAAAUCUGCUGUUAGCAAUUUAAGAUCAUGUCUCUUUUUCCAGAGAAACCCGAAUGAUAAUGGUAUUUUAAGGAGAUUAUGCAUCUCUGAACAACCAUCUUCAGUUGAUAAAUGACAUUAUUAUUUUUCCUAUGGAAAUUAUAUUUUCUUAUAUUAAGCAUAUUAAACACUCUGUAUUAACACAGAGCCACAUUCAGAGACGUUUAAAGAUCUGCGUAUGUACAGGAUCUGUACGACAUGUGCGAUAGGCAGCAUUGCUAGAAACGGGAGCGUGUAUUCCCCAAUGUCUGGAUGUGCCAAGGCCGGUGUUUGCCUCCUUGGAUGAAGCAUCACUUGCUCCCGGCUGCGUGAAAACACCAACCACCCUGAGUAAUACCCUGAGUAAUGGGUUAUUCUGUUGACUGAUGUUCAGGCAUAGUGAUCUGAUGCUGCAUCUUUGGAUGUGGCAGCGGAAUGCAGAAGCCGCCAGGAGGUGUCUGUACAUGAGAUACCUCCUGUGGCAUUAGCUUAUUUUAGCACAGUCACUGUGUGCAUAGACACAACUGCUGCGCUUACUGAAUCAGGCCCAGAAACAGAAAGUUCACUGUAAUUAUUGUAUAAAUCACUUCUUUAUAUAAAAAAAAAACCACACAAAAAAAGCUUACUGUAAAAAUCAGUUAUACUACAUGUAUAUAUAAUUUGAUUAGGGGUGUGUCAAGCCAUUAUUCUGCCUGUGGAAGCAACCACACUUUCCUUUAGGUAAAUGAUCAUUAUUUGUAUUAAUGUGAUAUGCAAUGCAAAUUACUUAUCACUAAUGUUCCAGCAAGACCACUAAUUCUGACUUUUGACUGUUUUAAAUUGUCUUAAUUUUUAGCCCCAUGAAAAUUCUUGCCUCACCCUGUGCUUCUGGUUAUAUUGGAUUUUAUUUUAAUUAUUUGUCAUUGAAAAUUGUCUUCUACCAUAUGGAAAAAGUUAAUGUUCUAAAUAGAAACGGUUUCCUCUUGUUUGGAGAAAGGGAUGAAAUCUGGAAUAUAGAAAAAAAUCAUACAAUUAUGUCUAUUACAAAUCACGUUCUCAUUUUAGAGAUACCUUUCUUUACAAUUUUGUAAUUAUUGCCAUUUGUUAUUGAUACGAUUUGUAACUUUAUUUGUAUUUUUCUAUAUGGACUUUUUGCUAUAAAAUAAAACUGACUACAUUAGA